CCAUCUCAUUUUUCAGUGAAUUAGUCGGUCUGAUUUAAUAUUUUGAAUUUAAAAAAGAUGUUUUAAAUGACGUUUGGAUAAAGCGGCACGUGCGCUACGUGUAAUUCAUAACUCGAUUUCGAAUUUCAGCUCUGUUCUCCCAUCUUCCAAUGCCUCGAAAACCAAUAAAUAACGAGCAGACACAAGGGACAAGUAAACGCCUCCAUGUGAUGUUCAUCAAGGACCCUCACAAUGCUCAAUGUUAUUGAAAUUCAGAAUUACGCCAUAAUUCGACAUCCCCUGAAAAGAGGUCUUGGACUACAGUACCGCCCGUCUACAGCUCUCAAUAAAUGCACUGGGCUGGUCCCUCGUUAAAAAGGUUGUAACGAAGCUAUUGAUUUCUUGCGCUCCUACACGUGGUACGUAGAAGCGGCACUGUUCGGAUUUCAGGGCCGGUUACAAUGCGUCACCUGAGUAAGCUUAGAAAGCAGUGGAGAAGAACAGUCCGACCAACAGCUAACUGGGAAACUUUACUGAAUUUGAAUUAAGUUGUGUCAAUUUUAAGAAUUUCUACGUUGCGUAUGCAUUGCCAUCAUGACCGACUAAAAGAGAUGUAGGCACAAGAGAGCGAUUGGAAGGUACAGAGCGUGGAUAUUUAUUUCUGCAUUGAUCUCCGAUAUUGCGAAGACGAAUUACCUGUGUAAGAAAUAAUCUUUAUUGAAUGAACGCCCGGUGCGACAGGAGUCAACAUUAAAACUCUGGAUCGCACGUCUAGGAUGCGAUGGAAUCUGGACUUAGGUCCAAGUGAUUCGCUGGAACUUUGACUGUCACUCGAAACAAGUGAUGGGUUUGGAGGCGGAUUCGGCAUAAUGUUUAGGCUACCUGAAGAAGCUCUGGUGUUGCUGUUUUUACUUGGUUCAUUAAAAGCUAGGACAACGGAAUCGCCCUUUGACAUUAUCGAUGGACCCAUUUUUCUAACGGAGCCACCUUCUUCUCUUGCAUUUGCCAACAGCAAAGGCGCAUCCGUCCAGUGUACAGCUCACGGCCGACCCGCUCCUACUCUUGACUGGGUAAAGGACGAUGAUACACCGGUAGAAGACGUACACGGAAUCCUUCAGGUUUUACCCAACAAUACGUUGUAUUUCCACCCCUUUCAGCGUACUGAAUUCCGGAACAAUGUACAUGCAAAUUCCUACAGGUGUAUCGCAUCCAACAGUGGAGGAAGGAUUUCUAGUCGGAGCAUGCGCGUUAAAGCUGUUCUGGUGGAAGAUUACGUAACGUACAAUUUACACCUUAGUGACGUAUGGUCUGUCCGGGGAAGUACUGCAGUCUUCAAGUGUACCAUCAACCCAUUCUUCGUCAAAGAUUACAUCCACGUGGUCGGCUGGUCCAAGGGCACUAAGCCUAUCCAUGCAGGCGAUCGUGUGAGCAUCUUUUCUGACGGGGAACUUCACAUCCGGGACAUCAGGGAUGAGGACCGGUACACACCAUACAGGUGUGUAGCGCGAAAUAUCCUGACGGGUGACGAAAAGUUCAGCAAGACAGCCUAUCUACAUGUACACGAUCCCCCCACUGGCUGGACGCCUCCAAAAAUUGAUGACGUCAUGACACACGUGACGGUGAACGAAGGAGAGACGGUGGAACUACCAUGUGUCGCCAGUAGCAACCCUCUUCCGAAAUACCGAUGGAGUCUCCACAACAAGGAACUAAUCAUCGACAGCGUGAGCAAAAUUCAGCGGGCUGGAAACCUCAUGAUUGUUGAUGCGAAAGUUACAGAUAGCGGUGUUUACACGUGCAAUUCCUCAAACAGUCACGGUUCAGCGACCGGAACCACAGAUCUUACAGUACAAUAUUCUCUCUCGGCAACCAUUGACCCUCAGCAGCAGAAGGUGGAUUCCAACCAAUCAGCAGUCUUCAACUGUACGGUGUUAGGUCAUCCAAUCAAAUCGGUGUUCUGGUUAAAAGAUGGCUUCAAAAUUACACCUAAUCAAAAAAUAACAAUCAAAGACCAAUCGGUGCUGACAAUUCACAGCGUGAAUAAAAAGGAUCAGGGGAUGUACCAGUGUGUUGUACAGAACGAGGAGACAAGUAGUCAGGGAACCUCUCAGCUUCUACUUGGAGCGGCCCAUCCUACCUUUGUGGAGACAUUCAUCGAUCAGUACGUCCAGAGAGGACAAAAAACGUCCAUCCGUUGUAUAGCGACCGGCAACCCUACCCCAUCCAUCGCCUGGAAGCUUGACGGUCAGGAUCUCAAAGAAAACUCUGACAUCAAAUUCCGGAGCUUCCUCAAUCCAGACGGUGACGUAGUAAGCUACGUCAACAUCUCAAGCGUCCAUCUUCAAUAUGGCGGCGAGUACCAGUGCAUUUCAUCCAAUGAGGUUGGGACGAUUCAUCACGUGGGUCAAAUGUUUGUAUAUGGUGUACCAUACGUUAGGCCAAUGAAGAACGUCACGGCAACCGCUGGAGAAAAUUUAUCAAUUCGAUGUUACGUCGCUGGGUACCCCGUGUCCCAAGUCACGUGGUCAAAAGAUAGAGAGUCAAAUAUUCUUCCACAGAAUCACAGACAAAAAGUUGUCAACGAAACGCUCUUUAUUGAGAAGGUCCAAAAGACUCACGAUAUUGGACAAUACAUCUGCACUGCGAAAAACUCCAAUGGUCAGGGAAUGAGCAGCAAUGUUUAUGUCAGUGUGCUGGAGCCCCCUAUGAUUGACCCCUUUCGAUUUCCAAGAAAGAAACAAGGCGACAGAAUCGUUGUGUCCUGUGUGGUCAGUACUGGUGACCAGCCAUUGGAGAUUGCAUGGACCAAAGAUGGAGAUAAUAUUCCCCCAGACAUGGGGAUUCAAAUACAGAAGCUGAAUUCCUACAUGACAAUGCUGAUCAUUGGAGAUGCCAACCCCAAACACAACGGAAACUACACAUGUCAAGCCAGCAAUGCAGCCGCCAUCACAAACUACACCGCUACGCUACAUGUAGAUGUGCCCCCUCGAUGGGUGAUGGAGCCUGGGGACUCGUUUGUGAUUCUGAAGAAAUCCGUGGCACUGGACUGCCUUACUACAGGGACACCUGAACCAAUCAUCACCUGGCAAAAGGCACUCGGCAAUAGACCAGGGCGCUACCGAAAGAUAAACUAUGUAACAGAUGACAGUGCCACAACAGCCUCGAAGCAGCUGCUUAGCAACGGGACUCUGAUCAUCAGGGGAGCCAGAGAAGAGGAUCAUGGGUAUUAUCUCUGUCACUCCGUUAACGAUGUUGGUCCAGGACUCAGUAAGGUCAUCUUCCUCCGAGUUCAUGUUCCUGCCCGUUUUGAUGAAGUAGAGAAGAAUUACACUGUAAUUAAGGGUCAGAACAAGACAAUGGACUGCCAGGCGAUCGGAGACCAGCCUUUGUCUGUCACCUGGAGCUUCAACUCCCAGACCCUCAGCACUACCAGUAUGACCAGGAGACUAAUCACCACCACUGAGACGUUGAGAGGGAAGCUGUCCACCCUGACCCUGCGACCCACAGAGAGAGGGGACACGGGUUUCUAUGUCUGUACAGCCAAAAACAAGUUUGCUAAUGCUGUCCUGGCCAUGAGACUGGUGGUUUUAGAACCUCCAGAGCCCCCUCUGAACCUGACCUUGGUCAAGAAGACCAGUCACACUAUCAAGGUGAGAUGGCAGGCUCCCUAUGAUGGAAACAGCCCCAUACAGUUCUAUGCAGUGCAGUACAAAGUACAGAGAGCUGUGUGGCAAGGUGUAAUAUCCAACGUAACGGUGAGCUCCCAACAUCUAAUCACGUCAAUUUCUGCCCUGCAUCCAGCCUACGUGUACGAGGUUCGAAUCGUGGCUAACAACUCCAUCGGAUAUGGUAAUGCAAGUGAAAGCCUCCUUAUUAAGUUAGAUGAAGAAAAACCUUCAGGGCCACCUACUGAGGUCAAGGUCAGGGCUAUCGGGUCGGAGUCCUUGAAGAUAUCAUGGAUGCCUCCGCUUCCAGAGAAUCAAAAUGGAGAAAUCAAGGGUUACUACAUCGGGUACAAGGAGAGGGAUAGCCAGUCUCGUUUUAUCUACAUCACGAAAUCCAUCAGCGAGGACUUCCUACCAGAGGUGGAUAUUCACAAUCUGGAGAAGUUUACUGAGUAUACUGUUCACAUCCAGGCGUACAACCAGAAGGGGCGGGGUCCCCCGUCCCCGGACAGCCAGGUCUUCACCCUGGAGGAUGUUCCUAGUCAGCCCCCACAAGGAGUGCAGGCCACGGCCAUCAAUUCCCGCAGCAUCAAGGUCGUGUGGUCCCCACCUCCACUCUUCACUCUCCAUGGAAUUCUACAGGGCUACAAAAUCUACUACAAACCUGUCCGAUUUGAUGAAGAUGAGAGUGAUGCCAAUGCUGUUGUAGCAUCAGAGCUUCAGGCCACCAUUACCGGUCUCUCUAAAUACACAAACUACAGUCUCCAGGUGCUAGCCUUUACCAGGAAGGGGGAGGGUGUCCGCUGCAACCCUUUGUUUGUCCUGACACAACAAGAUGCUCCAGAACGCCCAGCUGAUAUCAAAGCUCUCCCUGUCAACAACAGCACAGUCAUGGCAUCCUGGAAACCUCCACUCCACAGUAACGGAAUUCUCACCAAAUACAAUGUCUACAUCUACAAUGGAAGCUCGGCGGAGUUGGUGGAGCGGGUAGAGUUACCUCCCAUUAAGACUUCCUACUACAUGAACAAUCUGUCUCUGAAUGAAGAGGUACAUUUUGAGGUGUCGGCGAACACCAUCAUAGGGGAAGGGGAGAAAACCCACAGGGCCAGUACAGCCCCUCAGGAGAGAGUCGCUGCUCGCAUCGCCAGUUUUUCUGCUGUUAUGUUGAUACCAUGGCAACACACCUUGACCUUACAGUGCUUAGCAGUGGGAGAUCCUGUCCCAAGCAUUGUGUGGAAAAUCAGGGGGAGACGCCUGAUUGAGAGUGAACGAAUGCAAAUUCUAAAGAAUGGAUCGCUGCAUAUCAAUGGAAUUCUGGGAAGUGAUGCGGCAAAUUAUUCCUGUCGGGCAGAAAACAUCUACGGCUCUGAUGAAGUUAAUUACGCAGUCAGUGUACAAGUCAUUGAUAAAUCAGCAACUCCACCCAAACCCCCAAGUUUGUAUGUUGUUGCCACGACAACAUCCACAAUUCAGAUUAAUUGGAGAUCGGGGAGUAAUGGUGGAAGUCCAAUUCAAGGCUUUGUGAUUCACCAUAAGAAGGACCAUGAAGUUUGGCAGAAAAUCCGUGCAGGACCCACCAAUCGAACCCAAACAGUGACAGGGCUCCUGUGUGGGACCACAUACAGAUUCUACAUCAAUGCUCGCAACAGUCUCGGAUACAGCCCGGAUAGUGAUGUCAUCGCUGUUAAAACUAACGGUUCAACACCAAUUAUGCCUCCACAAAGUAUGCUGCUAAAGGUCAUCAAUGUGACCUCCAUUGACCUUGACCUCGGUACCUGGAUCACCUCGGGCUGUCCUAUUCGCUUCUUUUCUGUCCUUUACAAAGUAUGGGAUGACACUGCUUGGACUGAAGUUUCCAAUAACAUCCAAAGCAAUAAGACUAUUCACACAGUGGAAGACCUUCACCCUGCGACCUGGUAUGUAAUGAAGGUCAUCGCUCAUAGUGAUGCCGGCUCAACGGAGAGUGAACUCAAAUUUGCCACUCUGAAUUAUCAUGGCCAUACCAUUACUCCUUUAUUCAUCACGAAAAAGGAAGAGAGCAGUUUCUAUGAGAAGACGUACAUCAUGAUUCCUCUGUGUCUGGGGAUCGUGACCUUCCUCAUCCUCAUCAUAGCGGUCCUCCUGUACCUCAGGCGAAGGAGGGAACUCAUUCAAAUGAAAGAGAGUGCCUCAAACUUGAGAAGGGACAUAACUGCUGAAACUUCUCUGAUGAAUGACCUUGACAAGCGGUUCAACUUUGAUUUUGAUGGAGGAAAUACUGAACCUUAUGGCAAAAGGAACGUCAAUUUACUGAUCUCGUUCAAUUCUGACGAGAAUCUCCAUAACAACAGCCCAACGUGGCUGAACAAUGGUUCCAGUAAAACCAACAGUGACAAUGGCUCCAUCAACAGAUCAGAUGACGAUGGAAACAUCAAUCCGUACGCCACAUUUAACCAGAUGAAGCAGGUUAUAAUGGAGAAAGAACAACAGUCAGAGAGAGAUAAAUCACCUGACUUUGAUGACAUCAGUCUGCAGAAACUGGAAGCUCAAAAAGCAAUGAUAUCCCCAUCAGAGCCCUAUGUGCCUUUCUUCCAUGCCAAGGGAGAUAAUGGGGAUGUCGCGAAGGAUCCUCACCCACCUUUGAUUCCGUUGAAGACAGCAGAGGGCUAUGAUAACCAAGGACUAAUCCUCAGUCCUAGGAAGUAUGCCAGUGCGGAUCAGAUUCACGCCCUAUUCACCCAGGCCCCAGCCCGACCCCACAGUUCCUACAGCAAGUCACAAAAGUGCCCCUCCCAUUCCCACGGAAGCUCAGAUGAGAAAGGGAGUCAGAGACAGAGCAUUAUCUCGAGUGUAACCACGGUGUCGUCCAGCAGAGACGAACUUCUGGAGGCCCUGGAAAAUGCCAAGCACAAUCCCCCACCCCCCGUGGUGUACGAGUCGCAGCCCGAGUCCAGCUCACAGCCCACAGACAGCUCCGUGGCCACUGAGCCUGGCAUAGUCAAGUUUACUCAGUCUCCCCCCAGACCUAACGAACAACGGGAGGCUUCGUGUGAGGUUCACUAUACAAGUGACAUGAAGCCCUCCAUCAAACGAUCUCGUAAGGAAGCCGAGAGUGAUACCACAGAGUGUGAAACAAAUGAAAGACCCACACAGCCCCGUAGAAUUAAAGGUCGCCGUAACAAACAGAGGGGGCAGCUGACAAAGAGACAGGUCAUGCCAAGUUAUGUACCCAGGACCCACAGUCGUACGAGCACCACCAGCAGUGAAGAGGUGACCUACACCUUCCAAGGUCGUCAGUCGCCACGCAGUCCUCCGGAGGGCUACAUGACAUACAUGCCGGACGGUCAGUUCCCGGAGUGUGACCGGCCUCCAAUGAGAAGAGGGAGAAGAACUCCUCAUGCCAAAGUGAAGUAUGACUUGUCGCUGCAGACCCCAGGGACGGAUGAGAGUCGCCCCCUGGUGAUGGCUGUCGCCCAGCCUUCCAUGUCGAGUCCUAAUGAGGAAGAGGAAGAUUCUGCAACUGUCAGUCUUCUCAACAGACAUUACCGUCCAGUAGAAUCUGAUGAGAGUGAAAUGAAAGGACAACAGAAGUCGCGGGACAAAGGUUACCGAGAAGACUUUACACUGGUGUAAAACAUGACCGCUGUGAUUGAUGUCAACACUGGUGUAAAACAUGACCGUUGUGAUUGAUGUCCGUGACAGAUUCAUCUCAGCAGGCAUGAGAUGCUAAACUUAGUAACCUACUACAUGAUAGAAACCAUUAUUAUCACCUCUUCAUGAGCUUCGAGCAUAUCUGAAGUAAAGGAUACGAAAAUUCCAUGCUUUACCCAUUAGAAUCACCAUACAACUUUUCAUAGAAUUGUGAAGCAUAUCAGCUAUUUAAAAAAAAGCAGAAUGGUGUGCUUUUUUGAUUUUUUGUAUGGUUAUAUGAUGGGCAGUUUCAGCUGAAAUUUGAGGUUUUACGGGUGACAGGUGUGAAAGAUGCCAAGACAUUUUGAGGUGCUACGCUGGACAAGUAUUGUGUCACAUGACCAAAAGUACUUUUAUUGCCUUCAAAGACUGAAGAGUUUUCAGAGUGAUUUUUCAAAAGGUGAAAGAUAGGUCAGACUGUGAAUAUGUGACUGAUUCUUUUGUGCCCAAGGUUGUGCAGUUGCAGACAAUAAGCUUUCCUAUGCAGGGAUUCUCCACACUGUGCAGGGAUUCUCCACACUAGGGAUUCUCCACACUGCAGGGAUUUCCACAUUGUGUUGGGAUUCUCCAAACUAGGGAUUCUCCACACUGUGCAGAGAUUCUCCACACAGUGCAGGGAUUCUCCACACUGUACAGGAAUUUUCACACUAGGGAUUCUCCACAUUGCAGGGAUUCUCCACACUGUACAGGGAUUAUCCACACUGUACAGGAAUUUCCACACUAGGGAUUCUCCACACAGUACGGGAAUUUCCACACUGUGCAGGGAUUCUCCACACUGUACAGGAAUUUCCACACUAGGGAUUCUCCACACUGUGCAGGGAUUAUCCACACUGUGCAGGAAUUUCCACACUAGGGAAUCUCCACACUGCAGGGAUUCUCCACACUGUACAGGGAUUCACCACACUGUGCAGGGAUUCUCCAUGCUGUGCAGGGAUUCUCCACACUAGGGAUUCUCCACACUGUACAGGGAUUUCCACACUGUGCAGGAUUCUCCACACUGUGCAGGGAUUCUCCACACUGGCGUAGAACUACACCAAAACCUUCAAAGUUGUGAUAAUCUAAACAAAAACUUCUCGGGGAAAGACAGGAGAGAAAUACACCGCAUUGUAUUCCGUGUUGUGUUGAUUGUACCAGUGUCAGUUUCAACCUGCAUGUGCUUCGAUAUGAGCAGUUGUGUUCUCCAGGAUAGUCUAACAGUAUUCAUAUGAUAGACUAUGAGCCCCUCUAGACUCGUUCCAGUUUGCAUGUGUCUUGUUUUCUUGUUUAUUGGUGCAAUUUUUUGUUUUCUUAAAAGAAAUCUAUGUAUUAUUGAAUAUGCCUUUAUUAUGGUGAUUUCUAGCUUAAUGUUGUUACAGUGAAGAAAUGUCCAUAACAAUCUUCUCCUUGCAAAGUAAUGCGCUGUUAUUCUUAUGCCAAAAAUAGAAAAAAAGGGACGAAGAUCCUCGUAAAAGUGAGAUUGUAAUUAUAAGUGAUGUAAUACGUUGAGGGACAUUACAGCAUUAGAAUAACAAGGAUCCAGAUCUGUGUAUAUAAAUAUGUGAAAGGUGUUUCGUUUAAUGGAAAACUUGUAGCAGUAUUGUUUUAUUCUCGAAGACUGUCUCCCACUAAAACUCUCUUUUUCAGUGUGUUAUUGGUUGUAGAGAGAAGCUCGAAAUGAUAAAUUUUUUUUUUUAGGGCAUUUCAUGAAUUCAGAAUUGGUUUAUCUAUAUGCAUUAAGAGUUCAUACCGUAUGGAUGGCUGGACCAUGCUGUUAUUCACACACUGAAAUCAACAUGUAUAUUACGUAAUCAGAACAACAUAGAACGCUAUGUAUUUUAAAACACAUUGUCAUAUAUAUGACCAGUCAAUAUUGUAUAUCAUGUAUAUUUCAUUUAUCGCAAGUUCCAUGUUAAGAUAUUGUCUCGCACAGAUUCUCAUGUUUUAUGUGACAGUAGUUUGCUCAGUCUGGAAUUUAUUAUUUAUUUACAUGUGUACUUAGUUUGCUGGAAUUUAUUAUUUAUUUACAUGUGUACUUAGUUUGCUGGAAUUAUUUAUUUACAGAUUAAGUCGCUGGUGUUUUAUUUGUAUUUGGUUGCUUUGUAUGAUGUAUACCUCAGUUAUUUCUUGCUAAAUCUAGUCAUGUCCACUGCCAAUUUAUUCAUUGAUUUGUAAUUUUUCCAGAUUUUUUUUCUUAUAUUUGAAAAUUUAUAUCUUUAGUUUUAAUUAAUUUUUAUGUGUGUAGAAUAAGUUUUAGUUGUACAUGGUUUACGUUUUGACAAUACACCCUGUCUUCUCACAAAGUACCGUAUGACAGAGUUUGAUAAUGAUAAGCUCGGAUGUUCACAUAUAAUGUUUUUAGAGGCCCAUUGAUAACCGUGCUAGCAGAAAAUAACAGGAAGAAGCUAAAACUGAAUUUUAUUUGUUAAUCUUGUGCAGCUCUUCUGCGUUUAGAGUUAAGGAAGCUAUUGUAUAAACCACAAGUCUACUUUGAACGUUGAUCAUUCAUAUAGCAAUAAUCUAUACAUUGAUAAGUGUUACCCGAUUCCUAGUAAUUAUGAUUAUUUGCUAAUUAACGGUUUCAUUUUGCUUUGUUUUUAAUUAUUUAUUUAUCUCUCGAGGGAAGUGCAAUAUAGUUGUUAUCUGAUGACUGCUCUACUGAUAUUAUGUCUCAUUUAUGAUGCAGUUGUGCAAUUUUAAUGUGAACAAAAUGGGCACAAAUAUGGAAGCAUGGUCCGUCACAAAACGUGUUAAGAAUAUAAAAAAAUACAUACCUCCUUUAGUUAUUGAUAGAAACUAAUUUUACACAUUCUUAAUGUUACUCCAAAUUUAUAUUCCUUUUUAUGACAAAUAUGUACGAAAACUGGGCAUUUAUUUGAAAUAGGCCGACUCCAAAUUAUCUUAACAAUGAUAAAUGUUCUAGAGUUUACAUAAGGUGUGCUGAAAUUUGCAUCAUGUUGUUUGCCUGACAUCCAAACAUUUGCUCAAUGUAUUCUCUUUUAACUUUUAAGACAAAUAAUCAAUAACGCUGGCGUAACUAAACUGCGGAAAUUGUUUGCCUCAAACCUCUUUGUCUCUAAUUAAAUUUUUUGAAGUAAAAGAUUAAUUAUCCUGCAUCUCUAAUUAAUGGCAUAUACGUUAAGAUUUUUGGAAUGGUCUACAGACUUUCUGGUAAGAAUGUGUAAAGGUCAGAAUUCCAGCAGACUUGUUUGGAAGAUGUGGAGAGAGCCCAUGUUUUCAGCCGUGAAUUGUGUUGUUUCUACUUCUGUAUUAGAGAGUUUUGUGAUGCCAAUGUUUAUAUCUGGUGCAAUAGAAUGUUUUUCAAUAAACCUGUCAAUAAUCUU